GCCGUUUUAAAUGGACCGACUUUUUUGUCAAAAAUUUCGACAUUUGUCUUUCAAAAACUUGGAACCUGUGUUAUUUUAAACGUGUGACGUGGACUUCUGCAACUUGUGUAAAAAAAAAUGACGCCGUCCGUGAGUUGUAGCACUCACUUCGAGGCAACACACACGACACAACACAACCCGCGGAAAACACGACAUCAUGGACACCGACAUGGAUAUCACGACCACCCAGCGUGGCCGGCAGACCAAAACCCCGGCGAAAUUCCAGCAGACGGGCUCUCUCGGUGCCGCCGUAGGCGGUGGAGGCUUGCUCUCCAGCAAGAUAGUGCUGCUGCCUGGCAUCUCGGGGAACACUCAUGUUACCACGGGAGGCGCUGCCGCCACCAACACUCUCGAGGGUGGAGCAGGUCGCCGGCGAGGGGUGGCAACCACUGCUCCUACCCCCCCCGGGGAAAAGGAAAAAACAAAGCGGCGGACCGCGAAGCAACAACUGCAAGCCAUCAUGGCGGACCGCCGUUUUUCGGACGACACAGCAACAGCAGACAGCAUCGUCAACGUUGGCAACAGCGAAUCUGUAGGCGCGCCGCGCUUUCUACGGUCGGCCAUGACUGACACACAACCCUAGCUGACUUUCUACGGUGAGGGGCACUCGAUGUGCAGACGCAGCAGCCCUCGCGUGCCUCUGCAAGGGUACUUUGGAAAGUGCUCCAAAUACUUUGAGAGGGUUGUCAAAAAGUUGGAACGAAGUGGAGCAAAGUUUUCGCGCCCAACUUCGUUCCAAAUAUUUUUGAAAAAAAUGGACAAACGCCUACAUACAUGUUCCAUUUUUCUGACACUUUCAAAAGUUUUGACAAAAAGUCGGUCCGUUUAAAACGGCCCUAAGAUGAGGGUCACGAAUAGUGCUCUAAGUUGGCGUGCCACUUGGAAAGAUGCUGCUUCUUCCAUGCAAGUGGUGUAUUCCUCGUCACCAGUCACUAAUCCUCUCGCUCUCGCCGCGUCAUGGAAGGUCGCAUGUUGAAAUGGAGUGGAGUCAGGUUGAGGCACCAGAACCAGGUCGUUGAAAAAUCUUCCCGGAAUUGUGUGCAACAGUAGACGCAGGAAAUCUACUGACCAUUUGAAAUCCUAGCAAUCUUCAUGUAGCUUCGGCAGCAGAAAUGUAUCGAGUUUUACGGUAUUGCUCUAUCUCGCUGGUAAUACCUUGGAUUCUAGCUUUGGCAUAAUCGGUGACUUUGUGUACGUAUUUGAACAGACAGGGAACGAACCACUCGUUUCCGAUCUUUACAUCUUGCCAUUUACCGUCUAUUCUUACGCGUAUGGUAGGGCUGUCUCCGUUGUCGGUUCGCUUAUACUCCGCAAGCCCUGUCCGGUCGUUGAUUGUUGCCGUGCUUCUGAAAGGCUGCGGAUAGUGUUUAUUGCAGUGUCUUGUCUGUUGGUGUCGCGGUUGGUCUCCAUGCAGGGAGAGUUGACGUU